CUCGAGGCGGUUCCUGGACGGAAAAAAUAUCUAAUGGACUCCGGCUAAUAUGUUUCUCAAGUAUUGUAAUCCCCAUCACAAUUUAGCCUUCCAACUACAACGAGCGGUUGAUCGGUAACGACGAAAAAAACACCGAACCACUAUCGUCAGCAGACACACUCUCCGGCGGAAAGGAGCGAAGAAAACAGACGAUUCUUAUUCAGACCGACACACACCUCCCGCGGGACCACGCGACAAAUUCCUCGAUCGGAUAUUGCAAGCUGCAGUUACCGUUACGUGGAUCCAACGUCACCUGAUGCACCCCUUCCCGAUCCUCCUUUCUCCUUUUUCCUUCCCCUCGCUCUGCUUCCGUCCCCAAACUCCAAUCCAACCAGCCGCUUUACCCCAGCUUAGGUUGCCCAGCCUUUGCCGAGCCGUUGAUGGUCGAAUCGACGAAAACACCGACAACCCCACAAACGUAACAUGGAAACGCCGGGGCCGACGGCUGGACUGAACUAGACUUUCAAAUGUCAAGCUAGGUACACUACCAUCUCCAGAUCAGACCGACAUUCCCCAGAUGGCUAGACAAAAGAAAAUACCCCAAGAAGCGAGGAAGAAAGCGAGCGGGGUAUGGGGUAUGGGGUAGUAUGGGGUAGCCGUUGCCCGCUGGCGGUUCUCCUCUAUAUGUGCAUACCCGUAACUAACAAGUCAAUCAUUGUCACCCCAUAUUGUAUCAUUCCUUCCAUACGGUUGCCUCUUCGACGAUGAUUUGAAGGGGGGGAGAGAAAGCCCGAGGGAACGCGGAAUUUCUCGGUAGCUUGUCCCACCAGGUAUCAGCAUCAGCACCUCACUCAAAUAUCAAAGCCUUUCCAGUGUCAAGGCUCAUGAUAACAGACUGAACACUCUCUCCCACUCCUCAAUUCCGCUCUAAACUAUCUACUACUCUUUGCCAUCUCUGAUCACCAACACUGCGAGCAUUGAUCGACCUCGGCCGGUGAUAUCUCCAACAAAUGACAUUUCAACCCAGUCCAUAACACCUGACAAGGGGCUUGGCAUAUUGAAAACAUUCAACAUCAUACAGCAGAUCUGAGUAAUUCAUCUCCAUCGAUUACAUCAUCGGUCCAGCAUUCCCCAACCCACACAAACAAUCACCAUCACCACCACCACCACCACGACAGAAAAACACCAAGAACGCCUAGAGGUACCUACCUAAUCAACAACUCAACCAAAAUCCAGAACCAUCAACCACUAUGCCGAAACAAGCCUCGUCAAUAACCACCCUCCUCUCCUCCCUCUCCGUCCUCGCCAAAGCCAGCAACCCCUCCCGACCAGCCCGCGCUUCCCUCCGGAUCCACUUCCCCGGCUCCCCCUCUCCCACCACCGUCUCCACUCCAGGCACACCCCUCACCAAAGACGCUGCCGCCCUGCCCCCCUCUUACUCCAUCUCCGCCACCGCUCUCUCCAACAUUACUUUACCCAACUGCGACCUCAGCCCCGUCUCUAGCCACCACUCUUCUCCCUCUUCUUCUGGCCAUUCUAGGAGAGGUUCAGAAGCCAACAACGCCGCUGGCCAAAUUCCUCAUUACAUGGUCAUCUGUCUCGAUCUCGACCCGCCGUUCCCAAGUUUUCCUGUCUUGGCACCGAUUUUGCAUUCCCUCGAAGCAGAUCUGAGGUUGGUGACGGAGGAGUUGGAUGCCGAUGAGGGGUAUAUCUAUCUAACGGCGGAUGAGGAGGAGGAGGCCCGGGGAAGUGACGGGAUAAGUCACCCUACAAGGGGGGAAAGGAGGACGAAGCCGGUGGUAGGGUACAUGGGACCGAAACCGCCGGGGGUGAGUAGUCCCCAUCGCUAUGUUUUCUUGUGUUGGGAGCAACCGGAGGGUGUGACGGGGCAGAAAGUGAGAGAGGUUUUGGGGCUAAAUAAUAAUGAGGGAGGAGAAGAAGGGGAGGAUGUGGGAUUAGCAAAGAGGGUGAGAUGGGACCAGGAGGGUUUCGAGAAGAUGUUGGGAUUAGGGGAUGUGGUGGCGGGAAAUUAUUUUGUUUGUUGAUGAAGAUGGUCUGGUGUUGGGAUAAGGAAGGUAAUGAGAGGAACGGAUCAGGUUCAGGAUUGUAGUGUGAUGGGGAGAUGAGGAGAUUACAAAAGUUGGGUACUUUUAUGUCCUACGUCUGGGAUUUGCUGAUCAUGGAUUUGGGCCAGGAAGACCGCAACGUUUGGCGACACACCCGAGAUUGUACGAAAGACUGUAAUACUACUAUAUCUUCCAAACAUUGCCCGCAUCGGUCUUUUGGACCAAGCAUUGAUACAUUAAAUCUACUCUCAAAUUUCAC